UGGAAACAACAGAACACUAUCAACCACUGCCCUGCCUGUUGAGGAGAUGGCUCAGACUCUGAAAGACCUGAUUACUUACUUCCAGCUGCCCGAAGAAGACCUGGAACAUGAAGAUAAGCAAAGCAAGCUCCGGUCUCUCAAAAACAGACAAAAUCUAUUCAAGGAAGAGGGAAUGCUGGCACUAGUUUUGAAUUGCAUCGAUCGCUUAAAUGACUACAACAGCGCAGCUCAUUUUGCAGGAAUUGCAAGAGAAGAACAUGGUACAGCAUGGAAAGAAAUACUGAACCUCCUUUACAAAUUAUUAGCUGCUCUCAUUCGUGGCAACAGAAAUAAUUGUACUCAAUUUUCCAGUAAUCUUGAUUGGCUAAUAAGUAAAUUGGACAGAUUAGGAUCUUCCUCAGGUAUUUUGGAAGUGUUGCACUGCAUCUUGAUUGAAAGCCCAGAAGCUUUAAAUAUAAUAGCCGAGGAGCACAUAAAAUCCAUUAUUUCACUGUUGGAUAAACACGGGCGCAAUUACAAGGUUCUCGAUGUGCUUUGCUCUCUCUGUGUCUGUAAUGGAGUUGCAGUUCGUGCCAAUCAAAAUUUGAUCUGUGACAAUCUACUGCCUAGAAGAGACUUACUCUUGCAGACACGUUUGAUUAAUGAUGUGACAAGCAUAAGGCCAAACAUAUUUUUGGGUGUUGCUGAAGGCUCUGCACAAUACAAGAAGUGGUACUAUGAGUUAAUAAUUGAUCAAGUUGAUCCAUUCUUGACGGCAGAACCCACUCACUUAAGAGUUGGAUGGGCCUCUAGUUCAGGUUAUGCCCCCUAUCCUGGAGGUGGAGAAGGAUGGGGAGGCAAUGGUGUUGGUGAUGACCUGUACUCUUAUGGUUUUGAUGGCCUUCAUCUGUGGUCUGGUCGAGUACCCAGAGCUGUAGCAUCUGUCAAUCAGCACUUAUUAGCAUCUGAUGAUGUGGUUAGCUGCUGCUUAGAUUUAGGUGUACCCAGCAUUUCAUUCCGCAUUAAUGGACAGCCUGUACAAGGAAUGUUUGAGAACUUCAGUACAGAAGGGUUUUUCUUCCCUGUUGUAAGCUUAUCAGCAGGUGUAAAAGUUCGUUUCUUAUUGGGUGGACGUCAUGGAGAGUUUAAAUUUCUGCCUCCUGCUGGCUAUGCUCCCUGUUAUGAAGCAUUGCUUCCAAAAGAGAAGAUGAAACUGGAACCAGUGAAAGAGUAUAAGAGAGAUUCUGAUGGAGUGAGGGAUUUGCUGGGUACAACACAAUUCCUCUCCCAAGCUUCCUUUAUCCCUUGUCCAAUAGACACCAGUCAGAUUGCUCUUCCUUUUCAUCUUGAAAAGAUCAGGGACAAACUAGCUGAAAAUAUCCAUGAAUUGUGGGGAAUGAAUAAAAUAGAACUGGGUUGGACAUAUGGCAAGAUAAGGGAUGAUAAUAAAAGGCAUCAUCCUUGUCUUGUGGAAUUCUCAAAAUUACCUGAGACAGAGAAGAAUUAUAAUCUACAAAUGUCAACUGAAACCCUCAAAACCCUUUUGGCCCUUGGAUGUCACAUUGUUCAUGCUCAUCCAGCAGCUGAGGAAGAUCUUAAAAAAGUCAAACUUCCUAAAAAUUACAUGAUGUCAAAUGGAUAUAAACCUGCUCCUCUUGAUCUUUCCGAAGUGAAAUUGUUACCUUCUCAAGAAUUUCUAGUUGACAAACUAGCAGAAAACGCACAUAAUGUCUGGGCGAAAGACAGAAUAAAGCAAGGAUGGACCUAUGGCAUUCAGCAGGAUCUUAAGAACAAACGCAAUCCUCGGCUGGUGCCAUAUGCAUUAUUAGAUGAACGUACUAAAAAAUCAAACAGAGAUAGCCUCCGUGAAGCUGUUAGAACAUUUUCAGGCUAUGGUUAUAGCAUUGAGCCACCUGACCAAGAGAUAGCUGACCAAACAGUGGAAAAAGUCAGCAUCGACAAGAUACGGUUUUUCAGAGUAGAACAGUCUUAUGCAGUGAAGUCUGGAAAGUGGUACUUUGAAUUUGAAGCGGUGACAGGUGGAGAUAUGCGUGUUGGCUGGGCCAGGCCAUGCUGUCGACCUGACAUAGAGUUGGGAGCUGAUGACCAAGCAUUUGUAUUUGAAGGAAGCAAAGGCCAGCGUUGGCAUCAAGGCAGUGGAUUCUUUGGACGAAGCUGGCAACCAGGAGAUGUGGUUGGUUGUAUGAUAAACUUGGAUGACAAAUCUAUUAUCUUUACUCUGAAUGGAGAGUUGCUUAUAACCAGUAAAGGUUCAGAACUUGCGUUUGCUGACUUUGGAAUAGAAAGUGGUUUUGUUCCUAUUUGUGCACUGGGUCUAUCUCAGAUUGGUCGUAUGAACCUUGGAAUGGAUGCCAGUACAUUCAAGUAUUACACAAUGUGUGGCCUUCAAGAAGGUUUUGAACCUUUUGCUGUCAACAUGAACCGAGAUGUUGCUAUGUGGUUUAGUAAACGCUUACCAACAUUUGUCAAUGUGCCAAAAAAUCAUCCUCACAUUGAGAUAUGGAGAAUUGAUGGAACCAUUGAGAGUCCACCUCGGUUAAAAGUUACACACAAAACAUUUGGCACACAGAACAGCAAUUCAGAAAUGAUAUAUUGUCGUUUGAGUAUGCCCAUAGAAUUCCGCUCAUCAUUCAACUUCAGCAUGGGUGUGGAAAAUGCCUCAUCUGAUGUUUUCCAAAAACGAAAGCACAGUCAAGAAAUUGCUGCUACUUCUACUACUUAUUUUUACUCACUACGGAUAUUUGCCGGCCAAGACCCAUCCUGUGUCUGGGUUGGCUGGGUAACACCAGACUACCAUUUUUACAGUGAGAAUUUUGACCUAAAUAAAAACUGUACAGUGACAGUUACUUUAGGUGAUGAGAGAGGCAGGGUUCAUGAAAGCGUGAAGCGCAGCAAUUGCUAUAUGGUUUGGGGAGGCGAUGUAAUUGCUAAUUCACAGAGAUCAGGUCGCAGUAAUGUUGAUUUAGAAAUCGGAUGCUUUGUUGACCUUGCUACUGGAAUGUUGUCUUUCACAGCCAAUGGAAAAGAGCUUGGCACUUGUUAUCAGGUUGAACCAAACACAAAGCUUUUUCCAGCAACUUUUGUACGGCCUACGAGCACCAACUUGGUUCAGUUUGAACUUGGUAAACUAAAGAAUACCAUGCCUUUAUCAGCAGCAAUUUUUAAAAGUGAAGAAAGAAAUCCUAUUCCUCAGUGUCCCCCUCGCCUUGAUGUGCAAACAAUUACACCUGUUUUAUGGAGCAGGAUGCCAAACAGCUUUCUAAAAGUAGAAACGGAGCGUGUCAGUGAACGUCAUGGCUGGGUUGUGCAGUGUUUGGAACCUCUGCAGAUGAUGGCACUUCAUAUCCCGGAAGAAAACAGAUGCGUUGAUAUUUUGGAACUCUGUGAACAAGAAGAUUUAAUGAAGUUUCACUACCACACUUUAAAACUCUAUAGCUCAGUUAGUGCUCUGGGUAACACUAGAGUUGCUUUUGCACUUUGUAGCCAUGUGGACAUAUCUCAGCUGUUUUAUACAAUAGACAACCGAUACUUACCUGGACUCCUACGUUCUGGAUUCUACGACUUGCUCAUUAGUAUUCAUUUGGAGCAUGCCAAGCAAGCCAAGCUCAUGAUGAAUAAUGAAUUUAUCAUUCCAGUUACAGAUGAGACUCGAACUAUUAAAUUAUAUCCUGAUGAAAUGAAGAAGCAUGGUUUACCUGGAGUAGGGCUUAGCACUUGUCUGAAACCAGGCUUUAAUUUUUCUACUCCGUGCUUUAUUGUGACCAGUGAAGAACGUCAGGCAUCCAGCCCAGAGAUACCCCUUGAUAUACUUAAAUGCAAGGCCAUAAGUAUGUUAACAGAGGCGGUACAGUGUAGUGGUACUCAUAUACGAGACCCUGUGGGAGGACAUGUUGCGUUCCAGUUUGUUCCUGUUCUUAAACUGAUAGCAACGUUGCUCAUAAUGGGGGUUUUUGAUGAUGAUGAUGUGAAGCAGGUGUUACUCCUUAUUGAUCCCAGUGUGUUUGGAGAUCACAAGGAAGAGAUAGAAGAAAGGACAGAGAAGGAAGAAGUUACACAAGUUGAAGAAAAAGCUGUAGAAGCUGGGGAAAAAGCAAUGAAAGAAACGAAAGCUCCUGCAAAGGGUUUAUUGCAGACAAGAUUACCAGAAUCUGUUAAGCUUCAGAUGUGUCAUUUACUCAAUUAUUUCUGUGACUGUGAGCUACAACACAGAGUGGAAGCAAUUGUGUCAUUCGCAGACCGUUAUGUAUCAAAAUUGCAAUAUAAUCAGAAAUACAGGUACAAUGAACUCAUGCAAGCCUUGAACAUGUCUGCUGCUUUGACUGCCAAGAAGACUAAAGAAUUUCGUUCUCCUCCUCAAGAACAGAUUAAUAUGUUGCUGAAUUUUCAACUUGGAGAGGACUGUCCCUGUCCAGAGGAGAUUCGGGAUGAGUUAUAUGAAUUUCAUGAUGAUCUUCUAAUUCAUUGUGGUAUUCCACUAGAAGAGGAGGAAGAGGAAGAAGAAGAUUCCUCCUUGACUGGCAAACUCCGUUCAUUAAUGUACAAAAUCAAAGGUCCACCAAAAGCAGAAAAAGUAGAACCUAAGGAGGAAGAAGAGAAAUCUCCUA